AUGGGGCGACGUGCUCGCUACACGGAUGUACCAGCUGAGAGCUCAGUUGGAUACUCCUCACAGACCUCGUCAACGUCACUCACGAAACUUGGGAACAUCUUUGAUGACAAUAGCAAGGGAGCGAAACGAGUGGAAGAGAUGCAGGCUAUUCAAGGGAAGCAGCUCGCCGAUGGAUUGAAGAAAAGAGUUCGUCUGGCGUCGCUAGGAUGCGGCGAAAACUCUGUUGACAUCGUUUAG